UGCGCGUCCAUAUCUAUCCAUAUUUGUGCGUAUUUGCUCUAAGUUCAAGUCCACGAGUCCUGGGUUUCCCUUCAAGCCCAACGUCAGCUCGCCACGCUCCUUUUCAACAACACUCCUUUACGAUGGGCCUCCUCAAACGUUUAUUCUCUAUCGGAAGCAAGAAGAACAAGAAACAGCGUCCCGCAAUUGUCCACAAUGUUGCUCUGCCCGAAGAACCAGAAGUUGAGGGGGCUCUUAAUGAUGCUGAACACGAGGCUGCUGUUGGGCGUCUCUUGAGGUCGACAUCUGCACGAUUUGUCGAGCGCCCGGAAUUCGACUACGCCUCUUUACGACCUAUUCGCCAUCCUAUUAACCAAGUCAUUCAAACCCCUGCUUCCUCGGCGGUCAGCUUGGCUAGCUCUACAUUGAGCCAGCGUGGGACCUACAACGUUACAGUACACCAACGCACGAGACAUGGCUCCACAGAGUUCCCUAACGCGAAUCGAGGGCUCGAAGAAAAAGGAAACAAGAGGCAGUCGCUGUUGCCAAUGGAAGAUAGUCGGGUGCUUAGACUGCGGUCUGACCCAUCUGUUGCCAGUCUGAUUGACCUGUACGACGAACACGGCAAGCUCUCGAAUGACGCCUUUUCCAACAGCCUUUCCAAUAGUCCUCCACCCGCCGAGCCCAAGAAGGAGGAGCGGGCCCAAUGCCGACGCAGCGGUUCCACACUCCGUCAACUCCUUGGAGCACCAGAUAGCCUGCGCUCGCGACACGCGAACGACAGUGGUGGAGAAGGAGAUAUUUCCUGGGCAGAAAGAUUCUUAGCGGAGACAGAAGCUCUUUCGUCAACCUCGUCUCUGGGAUUGCCAACUCCAAGCACUCCCGAAUUCCCUCCGCAACAUACUCAACUAGAUAUUUCUUUUGUCACGGAUGCCGACAUUUCGACAGGGACGUUCGAUAAUCCCGCCAUUUCAUCUAUGGAGGUGGAAAUUAAUGACUCUCAAAACAUCUCUCAAGACCUCGAAAAUUUGCACAAGAAGAACAGCCCCUACAGCAAUCCCGAACCCAGCACACCUCAAAGAGCCUCCCAAAUCUUCGGGUUCUUGACCCGUGGCAAGCAAUCCAAGCCAGCAGAGGAGUUGAUGUUUGAUAGGACUCUUCCCGAUCCGCCAAGCUGCUUCAGCUCUCCUUCCGACGAAAACGCCCACGACCGCUCUUCCGACUCCCAUAUCAUGUCAAUGGACACCUCUACGGAUUUUACGUUUGCCCCAACACGAUUCUCAGCGAUACCCAUGCCUCUCAUCGAAGAUACCCCCCGACCCCACCACCGCCUAGCUCAAAUUGCAAAUACGCCAAUCCCACCAAGGGAGUCGCAGGUCCUGCGCUCAGCUUUCUCUGACGACAGCCACGAUUACCACAUGGUUUCGACGAUCAACAUACCUUAUGAUCGUGAAGAGCCACAGCCUUUAAGCGCUCCUCCCGAGGUGCCGGAUAAGCGACAAAACGACAUCAAGGUCAUUAUGAACGGACCUACGAAAGUUAUUGUCACCUCCGCGACUCCCUCCACCAAUCACAACGGCCCUCGUCUUCUUCGGGGCCCUCGCGCUCCCCCCAGGAAGAAUUCCACCGGCAGUGUGUCUCGGAGACGAUCUGCCUUGGUUGAACUUUCCAACUCAUCUCCCAACGACCCGUUCACAUCCGCGCCGCCUCGCCAUCGACCACAACAUCGCCGUAGUAGCUCAACGACGUCCAUCAACUCGCUCUCGCGGAGAAAUUCCGACCGGAAUGCUGACUAUCAUUCGAGCAAGAUCAAGAAGGCCGAUUUUGUUUCUCAGCACAAGGAGAACAGACUUGGUCUUUCGGUCAAGACUGAGUUGCCGUCGACGCCUCUUCGUUCAAAUACCACAGGCUCGCGGUCUCUCCUACGCUCAGUGAUACAACAAAGCAUGUUCCAGCCCCCAGUCGGGAUGACCCCUUCUCCUGCCUCGUCAUCGUCAAUGUCUCCUAUAGGACAACAAAUGAUGAUGGAUGUCCGCCAGCAGAGGAUGAAGGCGCGAGAGGCGGACCGCGACAAGACAUCUCACAGAUUCGCGUCGGACCGGAAUACGAACCGGAUAUGAU